GAUGAUUUAGUUUUCAUUUUUGUUCCCGCGGAAGUGACAGUGACUAUCUCUAGCGACUCAACCAUGACAUUGGCAUCCGCCGCUGGAAUUGCCGCGUUUGCGUUCGUACUACAGGUCGCCGUGAUUGGUGCCGAAAAUCCCUGUGUAAAUGGACCACCCGUCGAAAAGAACCCAGCGGAAUGCUGCAACACCCCAAUGCUACUUGAUAGAAACAUCAUGAUGGAUUGUUACCAAAAGUAUGGUGAGCAAACCAAGAAGCAGAUGAAGAUGGAAGGAAUUCCUCGAGGAUGCUGCAUUGCCGAGUGUGGUCUGAACGCCACCGGUCUCUACUCCAACGGCAUGAUCAAUCGGGACGACAUGACCAAAAUGUUCAUGGAAUCGGUCAAGGAUAUGCCCCAGUGGCAGAUGGUGGUACGUGACUCGCUGGAUGAGUGCUUCAAAAUGGCCGAAUCCAAAAUGGAUGAAAUCGAAGCCGGUGCCAAGCUGGAACCCAGCUUCGAGGGUGAGAAAAUCUGCCACCCAAUCUCCGGCACAAUUUUGCGCUGCAUGGGUAUGAGCCUGUUCGUUAAGUGCCCAGCGGGAAUCUACAACGAAAGCGAGGAUUGUAACAAACUUAAGGAGUACUCCAAGAUGUGUCCGCUUCUAUGAGUUAGUAGGUCCAGACGGGCUGCUAGAAAUGCUGAUUGUACAAACUGUGCUAGGUGCUAGAAUGUUCCAAUGGGAUCCGUAUCUCGUUUCUUAGUAAAUAAAGUUGUUAUGUUGUUUGCAAAUCUA